UUUGUAUACGUGAUUUAAAUUUACUUAACUUAGAAUUUCUUCCAUCCAAAAACUAUAUUAUAGAAAGUUAGAAUUUUUUAUUUUUUUUUAUGUAUAUAUAAUUGAUGUUAAAUUUUCUCAAUUUUUUAAUAUAUAUAUUUUGAAUUCGAAAAUCUUCUCAUAAAGUUGAUGCCACCGUAUAGGAGGUCACAAAAUAAGUUUUUAAAGCAACCUUUUGUAGAAAUGUAAGAUAAAGUUAUGCAUAAUCUGUUGAGAAUAUAAUUAAAUAAUAACAAAUAUACUCUCUCCAACAGAUGAUGCAUAGUAUCAGAGCAGGCAGAAGAAAUGGUCACACAUAGUCUCAUCUUCCUCACAUAACGGAACCUUUUAGUACGCCACACUGCGUUUAAUAUUUUGAAGUUUGUUAGUGAAAAUCUUGUCCCUGCUCUACACAAGUAGUUCUUUGCUUUCUUUAUUAAAGAAGAGCAGGGUUUUAUUACUAUCAUUCUCUUUACCAACUUAUUCAUGGAGAACUCUAUUCAACAAGUGGAGCUGCAAAUCCAAGAAUCAAGCAGGCAAAUAUCAAAGGAUGAUGAAACAAAUCAGCAACAAGUUUCAGGAAGGUCCAAUAAACACUAUGGAUGGUGGUUUAGGAUAUUUUUGUACAUCAUUUUUCUACUUGUUGGCCAAUCUGCAGCUACACUUUUAGGAAGAUUUUACUAUGAUCAUGGUGGAAAUAGUAAAUGGAUGGCAACAUUUGUUCAAUCAGCUGGUUUCCCAAUCUUGAUUCCUCUGCUCUUCAUCUUUAAAUUUUCCAAGAAAAUCGACUCUUCAUCGCGCGAAAAGCCAUCAAGAACUUCCCUUUUUGUGAUCUAUGUGUUUUUUGGCUUACUAUUAGCAGGGGACAAUUUGAUGUAUUCAUAUGGGCUAUUGUACCUUCCUGUCUCAACUUAUUCCCUCAUUUGUGCAUCUCAAUUGGCCUUCAAUUGCCUGUUUUCGCUCCUACUAAACGCGCAAAAGUUCACAGCUUUGAUACUUAAUUCCGUUGUGAUUGUCACAAUCUCAGCUGCACUACUAGCAGUUCACUCAGAAUCUGACACUAGUACGAAGUUACCAGUUGGGAAAUACGUGAUUGGAUUCGUAUGCACGGUGGCUGCAUCAGCAACUUACGCGCUAUACCUCUCGUUAUUGGAAGUGGCGUUCAAGAGGGUGAUCAAAAGUGAGACCUUUGACACAAUCUUGAAAAUGCAAGUCUUUCCGUCAUUCGUAGCAACUUGUGUUUGUGUUGUGGGGCUAUACGCGAGCGGAGAUGUAAGAGUUUUGACAGCAGAGAUGGAUGGUUUUCAGAAGGGCGAAGUUUCGUAUUUGAUGACAUUGAUUUGGACUGCUGUGCUUUGGCAGAUUUGUUGUAUUGGUUUGUUGGGGUUGAUAUUUGAAGUGUCCUCAUUGUUUUCGAAUGUGAUAAGUACUUUGGGUUUGCCUGCUGUGCCAGUAUUUGCUGUGAUUUUCUUCCAUGAUAAAAUGGAUGGUGAAAAAGUCAUUGCAUUGUUGCUUGCUCUUUGGGGAUUUCUUUCUUAUGUAUAUCAGAAUUAUCUCGAUGACUCCAAAGCCAAAUCUGAGAUCAAUGACGCCGCCACCAUUACUCAUUGAAAAUCCUAGCUAUAUUUAGUAUGGGAUGGCAAAUGGCGAAAAGAAUAGACCUCUCUCCGUGCUUCGCUCUUGCCCUCCUUCCAUCCUUCACGCGCAGAGGCGGGAGGAAAAGUGUAAUUCCGAGAUGUCAUAGGUUACCUUUCUAUUUGAAUCUUUUUUAAAUAGUGUCAGUUUUAGAGUAGUGAUACAUAUGUUGUGUGUGAUUUCAAUAUAUGAACUUUUUUCAUAUUUGACUCUAGUAGCUGUUUAAAAUAGAGUAUUCCAUUGAUUGAUGAAUUCAACAUGGCAAAAUUUGUACUCUUUAA